AUGAGUCUCAUUGGGCGAGCAAACACCGCUCUCAACACCAAUACCGUCACGGGUGUCGAUGAAGCUCUUUCCGUGCACGGGUCCGACUGGCUUUGGGCUGUCACGGCCAUCUAUGUUCUGUCAUUCAUUGUACUCCUAGUACUCUCCUUCGCAGCAAAGGAAAGCGAAAGAGUCUUCCACUAUCUCUUCACCUUCACCCUCUUAGUCGGUGCUAUAACCUACUACGCCCAGGCAUCCGAUCUUGGCUGGAGUGCCGUUGAGCAAAUCGAUCAUCUCGGCAAUGGAAUCGUCCGCCAAAUGUUCUACGCCAAAUAUAUAAACUGGGUCGUUGCUUUCCCAUCGCUCGCGCUCGGUCUUGGUCUGAUAUCAGGUGUCUCCUGGACUACUAUUUUCUGCAACAUCGCUAUCGCCUGGUAUUGGGUCAUAAGCUACCUUGUAUCGGCCUACACUACCACGGCCUACAAAUGGGGAUUCUUCGCCUUCGGCACGUUUUCGUGGCUCAUUCUCGCCAUGAGCACUAUCAACGAGAGUCGUGAGGCUGCUGCCUUGCUUGGGAUUGAGCGGGACUAUCUUUUCCUUGCUGGGUGGUUGAAUCUAUUAUGGCUGCUGUAUCCCAUCGCCUUUGGUCUGACUGACGGUGGUAAUGUGAUUGGCGUUACCGGGGGCUUUGUCUUCUUUGGUGUACUCGACCUGCUGAUGGUACCGGUUUUGACCUUUGCUGUGUUGUUUUUCGCUCGUAACUGGGAUUAUCGCAAGUUGAAUAUCGCAUUCAGUGAUAGUCGGCCCAGUCGAGAGAGUGGGGAUGUUGACCUCGGGAAGCACCUGACUUCGCGUCACGCGUCUCGGCCUGAGGCCAAAAUCGGCCAAUUGUUGUCCAGCCGACCCUUUGAGCGACUGAACCAACAAUUGAACCACGCAGGUCUUCUGUUCGAAUUGGAAUUGGAUGGGCUGCGCUUGUUGGCCUUGAUUAACGACAAACGCGCCAUUGAUUUUCUAAUUGCGCAAACGCUUAUCCAAUAG